AUGCGUCCACGCAUCCAUCCAUUGUUAACAGUGAUAAGACCUCAUUCAGAUGCGGUACAAUCUUGCGGCGCGGCGCUGGCGGCGGUGUGCAGCUGGCGACGGAGAAAGCAUGUGCGCUGCCUAGCUGUGGCCGCGCUGCUCUUGACUGUGCUACUAUAUUCUAAAUUUAAACGACGCGUUCAAGAAAACAAAGAUAGGAGAAAAUGCACGUAUUUGCCUCCUUUCUUAAAACUCGAGUUCCAUAACACAUAUUGGCAAACACUACGCAGCAGCAACGGUACGUACCACAUAUAUGGCGCGUACCUGGAUACACGCGGCAUGACCGACCGAGUGAAUAUGCUCGGUUCCACAUCCUCCGUACGCAUCCUCGCCAUGCUCAACCGUUUCCGACCGAACGUUAGAAUUUUUUGUCAGCUGAGAUUUGCCGAGCAAGUAGAACCUCAAUUUGUGCGUGCCCUCCCGUACGUAUAUAUGUGGAGAAACAAAUGGGGCCACCGCCACGCUGGCACGUGGCAGCCGUAUUUGAUCACGUGCGUGCUGCCACUGGCCGUGCGCGGCCUGGUGCCCGCCUCCGUCAGCCUGGUGGAGCGGCCGUGCGACCGCGCCACCAACAACCUGAGCGUGUACUACGACGCGCCCCUCCAACCUCACAGGCACGAAUUCGCCGUCUGCGUCAGGGGACUCGAUUUUCUUCACAAAGAUAUUUCUGUGCGUCUCGUCGAAUGGAUAGAACUCGUACGUCUACUCGGAGCACAUAAAAUCUUUUUCUAUAAGUUCCAGCUACUCCGUAAUAUCUCAAUGGUACUGAAAUACUACGAAUAUCUUGGUGUAGUCUCUAUCAUUCCUACCACCCGGCCGGGUCGCACUGGACCGAAGGAUUUGCAGGUGGAAGUGAUGGCCUACAAUGACUGCCUGUACAGGAACAUGUACCAUUACCGAUGGCUCGUGCUUCUCGACAUCGACGAGGUGAUCAUACCGUUGAAGGACAAGAACUGGAGCUCGCUGAUGCGGCGGGUACUGCCGCUGUCCACACCGGCUCUCGGCCAGCGUCGUCGAUCAUCUUACUAUGCAACCAAUCUCUUUUUCUUGGACUCGCUGCGGCACAAUCACAGCUGGGAGGAAGACGUGCCGCGUUACAUGCACAUGUUGCAACAUGUGUACCGCACACGCAACUUCACCCAACACGGGGACCACGUGAAGGCAUUUCACGAGACGGAUCGUGUACUGACGCUGCACAACCACUUCCCAAUACAUUGUCUGGGUGAGCCGUGUUCCCCGUACCCGCUGCCGACGAACGUAGCGAGGCUGCAGCACUACCGUGUACAAUGCCGCAAGCCGCUCUCCCAGAUCUGCAAGAACCUUAUGGAGCAUUCGGUGCGUGACUUGACGCUAUGGCGCUGGCGCGGCCCUUUGGUUGAGCGUACCAACAAAGCAUUGCGCGCACUUACACACAGCAAUAGAAUAAACUAUAAUACAACGUUAAUGCCCUCUUCUCGCUCCGUACCAAUUUGA